CCUCCUGUCCUCCUUUCCGGUGGCGACUUCCGCGUUCCGGCCUGGCAGUGGGCGACGGCCGCAUGGCCGCGCUGGCCUCGCGGGUCGAGCUGGGCUUUACCGAGGAGGCGCCGGCGUGGCGGCUGCGUAGCGACCAGUUCCCCAGCAAGGUGGGCGGGCGGCCGGCGUGGCUGGGCGAGGCUGGGCUGCCGGGGCCCGGGGACCUGGCCUGCGCGCGGUGCGGCCGCCCGCUCGCCUUCCUGCUGCAGGUGUACGCGCCGCUGCCCGGCCGUGCCGACGCCUUCCACCGCGGCCUCUUCCUCUUCUGCUGCCGGGAGCCGCCGUGCUGCGCCGGCCUGCGAGUUUUUAGGAAUCAGCUACCAAGGAAAAAUGACUUUUACUCUUAUGAGCCACCUUCUGAGAAUCUUCCCCCAGAAACAGGAGAAUCUGUGUGCCUCCAGCUUAAGUCUGGCGCUCACCUCUGCAGGGUUUGUGGCUGUUUAGGCCCCAAAACAUGCUCCCGAUGCCACAAGGCACAUUACUGCGGUAAGGUGCAUCAGGCUCUCGACUGGAGAUCAGGACACAAGCAGGCGUGUUCACAGCCGGAUCAUUUGGACCAUGCAAUUCCAGACCACAACUUCCUUUUUCCGGAAUUUGAAAUUGUAAUAGAAACAGAAGAUGAGAUUAUACCUGAAGUUGUGGACAAGGAAGAUGCUGCAGAGAUUGUGGGCAGCAUGGGUGAAGCACUGGAGGAGGAACUAGAUUCCAUGGCAAAACAUGAAUCCAGGGAAGAUAAAAUUUUCCAGAAGUUUAAAGCUCAAAUAGCCUGUGAACCAGAACAGAUUCUCAGAUAUGGCAGAGGUCUUGCCCCCAUCUGGAUUUCUGGUGAAAAUAUCCCUCAAGAAAAGGAUAUUCCAGAUUGCCCCUGUGGUGCCAAGAGGAUAUUUGAAUUCCAGGUCAUGCCUCAACUGCUCAAUUACCUGAAGGCCGACAGACUGGGCACGAGUGUGGACUGGGGCAUCCUGGCUGUGUUCACCUGUGCCGAGAGCUGCAGCUUGGGGACUGGCUACACAGAGGAAUUUGUGUGGAAGCAGGAUGUAGCAGACACACCUUAAAGGCAUCUUACACCUUGCAAUUCCAUUUCUAGGCCUUUAUCCUAAGGGAAUAAUUAUACCAGAAAUAGAGGCACAGAGAUACAGCGCUGUUGCUUGAGGUAUUGUUUAUAGUGUCUAAAUAUUAACAACACAAAAAUGUCCAAUGACAGGGAAUUAAAUGUUGCUGUUCUGCAGUGGAAGGCCACACAGUCUCAAUGAUACACACCCAUGUGGACACACACCAAAAGACACACAGAUCUAAAUUGACACUAGACACCACUGUGGGUGGUAUUCAUGGUAUUACCAUAUUUUUGUAAAAAUAUUUGUACAUGUGCACAGAAAUCUGGAAAGACUGUGAACUGUUACCUGUGAAUGGUGGGAAUAAGUAAAAUGAUCUUUUCACUUACAUGUGCAUUUCUAUAAUAAAAAUGGGUUAUAUGCCAAGUUAAGUCA